AUGGGCCAAGCGGUCCAUUUACAUGAGUCAAUUGAUGAAGCCGUUCGUGGUACCAUGGAGUCAUGCGAAGACCUGCUGACGGCCUUGGAUGAGAUUGCAGCCCGCCAGGGCCACAUCAACACAAUUGUGGACACAUUAGUCCGCUCGACGGCACAGCUGGGACCAAGCAAGGCAAAGCAUUUAGAGAUAUCCACUUAUCUUUUCAUGCUCUCGCUAUUCCUGGCAUACAAAUCUGUUCCAGACAAGGCUGCAGCAUAUUAUGUUUCUUUCGUAGCUAACGACAGAAUAUUCUUUGCUUCAUUCAUUGUGGCAUCAAAUGGUCCUAAAUCCAUUGAUGCAGACCUAGAAACUACUGAGGAGAUUGUUCAGGUACCUGUGGAGGCUCGAUUUUAUGACUACCAGAUUCGGAUGCUCAAUCUGGCUCGCCAUAUGGAUCAAUUGACGCUUGACAUUGAACAACGGGCACUCCGACCAGGCUCUGCUUCCGAUCUUGCUCCCUUGGCACUUGGGAUAACGCAGAUCGGUCACACUGGCAGGCAAUACUCUGAUUUAGUCGGAUCUCUUUUUUUACCUCAUUCCUCUACUGAAUAA